AUGGCAGCGCAAGUGAUUUCGGGUACCGAAGUAGCCCGGGCGAUCGAGAAUGACUUGCGGCAGCAGGUUUCAGAGCUACGAUCCAAGUCGCCGCACUUUCAACCGCGUCUGGCCAUCGUUCAGGUGGGCGGCCGUGAGGACUCUAACGUCUACAUCCGCAUGAAGCUGAAAGCCGCUGAGAACAUUGGCAUCGUGGCUGAACACAUUCGUCUGCCGAGAGACUGCACACAAACUGAGUUGCUGACAAAGUUAACAUACUUGAACGAGUCGCCCCAAGUACACGGAAUCAUAGUCCAAAUGCCGCUGGACUCUGAGCAUCAAAUCGACUCUCAUCUCAUCACUGAUGCAGUUUUUUCGCAUAAGGAUGUUGACGGAUUAAACACGGAGAAUGAGGGUCGCGUUUCCAUCGGUGACUUUUCCGGUUUCGUGCCCUGCACACCAGCCGGAUGCGUGGAGCUGAUCAAGCGCACGGGCGUCACAAUUGCUGGAAAGAAUGCCGUGGUGCUUGGCCGCAGCCGCAUUGUGGGCACGCCUGUUGCAGAGCUGCUUAAAUGGGAAAACGCUACCGUCACCGUCUGUCAUUCGAAAACCAAGAAUUUGAGCGAGAUCACGAAAACCGCUGACAUCUUAGUGGUGGCUAUUGGCAGGGCAGAGAUGGUUCGUGGUUCCUGGAUUAAACCUGGAGCGAUCGUCAUUGACUGCGGAAUUAACCCCAUACCAGACUUGACGAAGAAGAGCAAGCAACGGCUGGUUGGCGACGUGGCGUACGAGGAGGCCGCGAAGGUCGCUUCAUAUAUCACACCGGUGCCGGGCGGCGUGGGUCCGCUGACGGUGGCGAUGCUGAUGCGCAAUACCGUGCUGGCCGCGCGGCGCCAGUUGGAGCGCCAGCUACGGCCCACUUGGGGGCUGCAGACCUUGAGACUUGCGCCCUUGACACCGCCGCUUAGCGACAUCGUGAUAGCUCGAUCACAGAAGCCGAAGCACAUUGCCAAGUUGGCGGAGGAGAUCGGCCUGUACCCGAACGAGGUGUCACAGUAUGGCACCACGAAGGCUAAGAUAUCGUUGUCGGUGCUGGAUAGACUGAGCGCCCAACGUGGUGGGAAGUACAUCGUUGUUGCAGGCAUCACACCUACUCCUCUGGGUGAGGGCAAAAGCACGACGCUGCUGGGUCUGGUGCAGGCGCUGUGCGCGCACCGCGGCCGCAACGCGUUCGCCUGCAUGCGCCAGCCCAGCCAGGGUCCCACCUUCGGCGUCAAGGGCGGCGCCGCGGGGGGUGGCUACUCGCAGGUUAUUCCUAUGGAAGACUUCAACCUUCACCUAACUGGCGACAUUCACGCAGUCACAGCUGCUAAUAAUUUACUCGCAGCUCAGAUGGACGCUCGUAUCUUCCACGAACUCACCCAGAAAGACGGCCCUCUAUAUGACCGCCUGGUGCCAAAAAUCAAAGGUGUCAGGAAGUUCUCCCCGAUCCAGCUAAGAAGGCUGAAAAAGUUGGGCAUCAACAAAACCGACCCGGACUCAUUGACUGACGAAGAGAGGACCAAGUUUGCCAGACUCAAUAUCGAUACGAAUAAAAUUAUGUGGAACAGGGUUGUGGACUUGAACGAUAGAUAUUUGAGGAAGGUCACAAUUGGACAGUCUCCAACCGAAAAAGGCUUCACACGUGAAACAGCGUUUGAUAUUUCCGUGGCAUCAGAGAUUAUGGCGAUCUUGGCCCUGGGCAAGAACGUUGAAGACAUCAAGGAGCGGCUAGCUAACAUGGUUGUCGCUUUAGACAAGAGUGGUAAUCCGGUCACCGCUGACGAUUUGGGAGUGACGGGUGCAUUGAUGGUGCUGCUGCGCGACGCCCUGGAGCCCACGCUGAUGCAGACGCUGGAGGGCACGCCGGUGCUGGUGCACACCGGCCCCUUCGCCAACAUCGCGCACGGCUGCUCCUCCAUCCUCGCCGACAAGAUCGCCAUGAAGCUCGCGCGCGAGGACGGCUACGUGGCCACUGAGGCUGGCUUCGGAUCUGACAUUGGUAUGGAGAAGUUCUUCGACAUCAAGUGCCGCGCGAGCGGCGACGUGCCGCACUGCGCGGUGAUCGUGAGCACGGUGCGCGCGCUCAAGAUGCACGGCGGCGGGCCCGCCGUCAGCGCCGGCCAGCCGCUGCACGACGUCUACGUGCAGGAGGAUUUGGAGUUGCUCGGCAAGGGCCUGUGCAACUUGGGCAAGCAUAUUAGCAAUGGCAGAAAGUUCGGUGUGCCCGUUGUUGUAGCUGUCAACCGUCACGGUAACGACACAGAAGCCGAACUUAACCUGGUCAAACAGUACGCCGAACAAAAUGGGGCGUUCAAAGCGGUGAUCUGCAACCACUGGGCUAAAGGAGGCGCGGGAGCAUUGGACCUCGCUGACGCCGUCAUAGAGGCUUGCGAUACUAAAUCGGUCUUCGACUAUUUGUAUCCGCUCAACUUGUCCAUUCAGGAAAAGAUCUUGCUAAUCGCAAGGGAAAUGUACGGCGCCGGGCAGGUGGAGUACACCGAUGAAGUUUUGGAGAAGAUUAAAACUUUUACGGAGAAGGGCUAUGACAAACUGCCGAUCUGCAUGGCGAAAACUUCAAACUCCCUAACUGGUGACCCCACUGUAAAGGGCGCGCCGACUGGCUUCACUCUUCGUAUCAACGACAUUUUCGUAUCAGUCGGAGCUGGUUUCGUCGUGCCCAUGUGCGGCGAGAUCAGCAAGAUGCCUGGACUACCCACCAGACCCGCCAUCUACGAUAUCGAUCUGAACACCGAGACGAUGGAGAUUGACGGUCUUUUCUAA